CCGAGUGUGCACCAGCUCUAGCACCAUGGAAACCACCAAAUGAAGUCACUACUAAUGAUAACGAUAAAGCGAUGAGAACAGCUAAAGUUGAUGAUAAAUGCGAAUGUCAUCAUGGCGGUGGUUGUGUUGGUGGAGUAUGUUUAUGUCCGUUGGGAUAUGCUGGAGAAAAGUGCGAAAUUACUUUGGACCUAAAGGUUCCACGUUUUAACGGGUCUUCAUACCUCCGUCUACCAGGUCUCGGCAACUCCGCACAGUCGUGGCUAGAUAUACAGAUAACUCUCAAACCGACUGACGGCGAUGGCUUGGUGCUGUACAACUCCGAACAUGCGAGCGGAGACGGAGAUUUCUUCUCCCUUCACCUCAGAGAUUACUUCGUGGAGUUCGCUUUCGAUCUUGGCUCUGGUAUUGCAUUGGUCAGAUCUGCGUACCCUUUAAAACCGAACACCUGGCACCGAGUAUCAGUGAGCCGUUCUGGUAAACAUGCUUCUCUGCGUGUGCGCGCUUCAUCAACCAAUGACGUCAGCGUGACGUCACCUCGAGAUGACGCGACUCGCUCGGUGACGUCACGCGGCGCCGCCCGCCGGCUCACUCUUAGGCAGCCGAUGCUAUUGGGAGGAGCGCCUCACCCCUUACCACCUAGACUGGCCUUAAGGACGUCUUUCAGUGGAUGCGUAGGCCAAUUGGUAAUAAAUGAUGAAGAGUUGGCUGUAGUGGCAUCAGCGUUGGGUGGUUUGAACGUAGAUAACUGCGACGAACCUAAUAAUACGACGUGUCUCAACAGCGAUUUAUGUAGAGAAAUACUUCAACCCAUGUUACAAUAUCAACAUAAUAUAUCUGAUAACAACAUACACCAUUCAAUUGUACCCAAGAAAGGGUUCAGACCCAAAUACCAUAAAGUCAAAUCGAAGAAACACAACCAACAUUUGCAUACAGAGAAGUCCAAAAAGAAGAAGUAUUUUGCAAGUAAGAAGCAUGACUACUUGCAAGACACGAGAAGUAACGAUGUGGUAACGGAGAAGCCUGUUUACGAUGGACAAACAUACAUGCAAGUUAAAUAUUUAAAUUCAAAUGAGAUAAAUUGGGGUGAUACUAAUACAUAUCCAAGUUUCACUGGCACUGAUAGUUUUAUACAUAUUGAUGAUGAAGAAACUAUGAAAAGGCUGGUGAGCUACUCGCUGGACAUCAACAUCCGGUUCCGCAGCUCUCGUGCGCGCGGCCUGCUGGUGUGGUCGGGCGGCCGCGGCCCGCCGCACGACUUCCUUUCGCUGGCCGUCGAGGACUCCGUGCUCGUGUUCAGAUAUGAUUUGGGUAGUGGCGAAGUGGUGAUCAUAGCGAAUCACACGAAAGUGGACGACGGCUUGUGGCACAGAGCACGGGCGACCAGGAACCGACAAGCUGGUGUACUUGAAGUGGACGGCCUGGGGUCCGUAGGCAAGGUGUCGCCGGGAAAACUGAAACAGUUGAAUACAGACAAUGGACUCUACAUAGGUGGUCUACCAUCAAUAGAAAUUAACAGCAUGGGCAAAUACAAAACCGGCUUAGUGGGAUGCGUCUCGCAAAUAUCACUAAGUGGGGACUUCGAUAUACCACUGUCGUUAUCAAAAUUACCACACACAAUCACGAACAAUGUCGGCAGAUGCACCCCAUAAAACUGGGCAAUUCAUUUAAAUGAAUCGGCCGGUUCAUUUAAGUGAAUCCACUUCAUUUGUUACGAGCGCAGAA